AUGGUAGAAAGAUCUCGAUGGACUCAUCUGAUUCGCUUCAUCGCGAAAGAGGACGGUCAGGUCCAUCUCGGCCAGGUCGAUGUCGAUACGAAUCCUGAUGUAGGGUUAGCUGCAUUUGAGGGAAAAGACUUGGCUGUUCAAGUUAUUUCUGGCUCUGUUUAUGAUGGCGUGGUGACUAGCCAGACAUUGCAUGUCGCUCAACUCUUACCACCUUUGUCUAUUGAGCAAACGCCUAUCAUUCGAUGCCUGGGGCUUAACUAUAGAGACCACGCGAAGGAGGCCAGCAUGCCCAUCCCAGACGUUCCCGUCCUCUUUAUCAAACCUAGGACUGCGCUCAAUGGGCCAUACCCUGCCAAGAUCAAUAUUCCAAAAAUUGCUCAAGAUGACUCGGCUGAUUAUGAGGCUGAGCUCGCAGUGAUAAUUUCUCAGGAUGGCCGUGAUAUACCAGAAUCGGAAGCACACAAAUAUGUCCUGGGUUACACCGCCUCAAACGACGUUAGUGCCAGGAACCAGCAACUUAAGAACAGCCAGUGGUGUUUUGGAAAAGGAAUGGAUGGUUCUGCGCCGAUUGGCCCUGUGCUGGUCUCUCCAGAAGCGAUGCCAGAUCCGCAUCAGCUGAACAUCAAAGCAAUAUACAAUUCUAGUGUUGUUCAGGACACAAACACGAGGGAGAUGAUUUUCAAUAUUCCCCAAAUGAUCUCUUUUUUGUCUCAGGGAACAACACUCGAAAGAGGCUCCAUCAUCCUCACAGGAACUGGUCCGGGCAUUGGCAUGGUAAAGAACCCAAGAAUUGUUCUUCGCCACGGAGAUGAUAUGAGAGUUUAUAUCGAGGGCAUUGGAACACUGAUCAAUGAAGUCUACCACGAGCAGUAA